UGAUAGCUGGGAACUGGAAAAUGGGGACGCGGAUCUUGGCAGGCGGUGGCCAGACAAUCAGAGCAUUACAUUCGUUAAACAACAUAAUUUUCUCCGUUUUCCCUUGACACAUACUCCGAGUAACUCCCGAAAACAAAAUACAAAAACGUCCGCAGAAUCGCCGAUUGAGAAACCCGCAUAACCUGCCAAGGUUUCUUUCAGUGCGUUUCGUCGAGUUGCGGUCGAGCUUUUAAAUUCAGAGGUUACCUUGAAAAUUAUUGUUUUCUAUUUUGUGUUCCUUGCUCGACCACCAACCGAAUCGAAUCUAAUCGGAGCGAGCCAUCAGCACAGCGCAACUGAGCCAACUGACCAGAUCUGGUCCGGAUCCUUCCCGCUUUCAAAGCAGGCAUUCCGUUUGCUCUCGGUUGUGAUGCAUGCAAAUGCCUAUCUGAGCUGCCGACUCCCCGAUUAGACCAUUUUUUUUGUACGUUUGUAAGCUGCCGUCUGUUUUGAGAGCGGCGCCACGGGGACAUCUACGCGUGUUGUGCUGUAUAAGUAUAUUUUUUAUAUCAUCAUAUAUCAUCAGAAGACUAUCCACUGUUUUCUAUCUAAGGACCUGAGCCAAAGGACUCUCCUUAAGACGCAGUACAAUCUCUGACUGCCCGUCGAUAGCGAAGCGCGGCGGGCGAUUUGAGGCCACCAAGCUGAUUAGUGCGAACAUGUCCAUAAGUCAAGUGACGAUGAUGCGUAAAGGCAACUCAGGUGAGCUGACGCGAAAGGGCAACACCGUGGUGGUGUCGCUUCCACCGCUGGUAAAGAAGUCCAGCAAGAGCCGCUCGUUUCACUUCCGCUACCUGGAGCUGUGCCGGGCCAAGAAUCUGACACCUGUGCCGGACAUACGGAGCAAGUCAAAUGCGACCACCACUCUCCUCGAGCUGUGUGGCGACAAACUGGCGGUCAGCGAUUGGCAGCUCCUGACCGAGGCGCUCCACUAUGACCUGGUGCUCCAACAGCUGGUGGUGCGACUGCGCCGAACAUAUCCACAAACCAACAUCGAUCCCAUAGACACCGAGAAGCGGGCCCGUCUCUUUCGCCAACGACCGGUGAUCUAUACGCGCUUCAUCUUUAACAGCCUGGUUCAGGCGAUUGCCAACUGCGUUUCAAGCAACAAAAACCUUAGCGUUCUGAAGCUGGAGGGAUUGCCUUUACAGGAUGGCUAUAUCGAGACCAUUGCCAAGUCACUGGCCGACAACGAAUGCCUCGAAACAGUGAGUUUUCGGAAGUCCAACAUUGGUGAUAAGGGCUGCGAGGUGGUCUGCAACACAGCCAAAUACUUGAAUCGCAUAGAGGUCUUCGAUCUCUCUGAAUGCGGACUCACAUCCAAGGGAGCCGAACAUGUGGCCGAUAUGCUCAAGAUGCAAAAGAUCACUAGAUUCUCGGAGGGAUGGGAGAAGUCGCUGCGCUACCGCAGUGUGGAUGUGAACACGAUUGGUGGACUACGCACUGUCCUGCUGGCGGACAAUCCUGCGAUCGGCGACGACGGCAUUCGGUGGAUCACUGAGGUCCUAAAAGAGGACGCCUGGAUUAAAAAAAUCGACAUGGAGGGCUGCGGCCUGACGGACAUUGGGGCCAAUUUGAUCCUCGAUUGCCUGGAGCUGAACACAGCCAUCACGGAGUUCAAUGUGCGAAACAACGAGGGCAUCAGCAAGUUCCUGCAGCGCAACAUCCGUGACCAUCUGGGCGGACCACCCGAGGAGAAACAGGAGCCGGAGUACGACCUGAGUUGCGUCAACGGGCUGCAGAGUCUGCCCAAGAACAAGAAGGUCACCGUGUCCCAGCUGCUCGCCCACACCAAGGCAUUGGAGGAGCAGCUCUCCUUCGAGCGGACGUUGCGCAAGAAGGCCGAGAAGCUGAACGAGAAACUAAGCCACCAGCUGAUGCGAUCCGAUUCCAACCACAUGGUCCAGGAGAAGGUCAUGCAGGGAGGAUCCCAGACGAACGUUUCCAGGGAAUAUGUGGUGCGAAAUGAGGUCAUGCCUGAAGUCGUCAAGAAUUCGCAGAGCUAUCGACAAUCUCACUUCAACCGGCUGGUCAACAGUGCUGUCACCAGCCCGGAGGUCACGCCCCGCAGCGAGAUAGCCACUUUGCGCAAGGAACAGCAGUUGCUACAGCAAUCCUCACCCAUGCAGAUCAAGCAUCCUUCCAUGGAGCAGCAGCUGAGGAGUCUACGCGAAGUGCAAGAACAGGAGGAAGAGGAUGAAGUGGAGGAGCUGGCGGAGGCCAGCCUUUCGGAGUCGGAACCAAUAAACGAGGAGGAGCAGCAGCAGCAAUACCAGCAGCAAAUGCACGUUCAACGCAAACAGCUCCAGGUGCGCAAGGUGCGCAGCGAGAUAAAGUAUGUGGAGAACAAUCCCAAGGAGGACAAGAACAAGAAUCGCGAGUCCAAGUCGGAUCACGAGUUUGCAAACGAGCACGAUUUCAAGCUGAAUCCUGCUGUGCAGUUUGAGACAGACAUUGGCGAUAGUUCCAUGAUGAAUCCCGGCCAACGUUAUGAGGGCGAAGGCGGCGACACGGGCUAUGGCUACAACUACAAUUACGAGCAGGAGCAACCAGUGAAGCGGGGCUACGAGAAGGGCUACGUGGUUGGCGUGGGCGACGGAUCCCACCGAAGGCAGAAACCCUCUAACCUGGUCGAGGCUUUGUCCCAGAAACGCGGCGGCGGCGGCGUAGGCUCUGGCGACGGUCAUGUGGCGCAGUUUGUCAGCUGCCUGGAGCGCAAAGCGAACGCUGGCAAGCCGGCGAAAAAACGCCUUAAACCCCGGCCUGAAGAUAGUCAUCAGGUGCCACUCAACGAAAUGCAAAUGGAGUCGUACAUGUCCAGCUACGAAGAGAUCUCCUCCACCGAUGCCACGCUGGAGAACUCCGACUAUGAGGCCGAAACCACGGACUCCACGUUGCGGGGCAGUUCCAAAUACUCCUCCAUGCAGGUCAUUGUGCGGCACAAGCACUCCGAAUCUUUGUCGCUGGCGGACGAGUCCGGUGGCGGUGGCGGAGAUGGUGAUGCAGGUGGUGGCGAUGCGCCAGAUGAAGAAGGAAAACUCAUCUCUCCGCGUGAAUUUUAUCUGCAGCUCAAGAAGCAGGAGCAAAGCUUCUAG